GUGUGAGGGGCUUGGCGUGGUACAGCCCGCGGCGCCCGGCCCAGGUGUUCCCGGCGGAGCGGAGAACCGCGGCCGUGCGCGGCGUCCCCGGGCUGCAGGCGGGGCCGCGCCCCCACCGCCUGUCAGUCACUGGGGCCUUCGCCGAGCCGGGUGCGGCAGCCUGCGCACCGGGAGCGGAGCCGCCAGCCCCGCGCGCGCCCUGCUCCGGGCCCACCUUCCCGUCCCCUCGGGACGCAGAGGGCACGGCUCGCCGGCACAAAGUUGCCGGUGCACAGCGACGGCAAACUGUGCCCGAGCCGCCGCGUCCCUGUCACCGAUGCUACUUUCUCUGUUGCGGGGUCGCUCUUGGGUCCCGAAGUUUGGAAAAACGCGCUGAAGAGAUGCGAGACAGAGUUUCACUGUGUAGCUGUAUAGUUCCAGGGUGUCCUGAAACUUAGUCCAGGCUGGCUGUAACUCACACAAAUCCAUUUGCUUCUGUCUCCACAGUGCUGGGACUAAAGUUCCGGUUACUAUGGCAAUGACGGCAGGGGCAACAACUACCUUUCCUAUGAGCAACCAUACCCGGGAAAGAGUAACUGUGGCCAAGCUCACACUGGAGAAUUUUUACAGCAACCUAAUUUUACAGCAUGAAGAGAGAGAAACCAGGCAGAAGAAGUUAGAAGUGGCUAUGGAAGAAGAAGGAUUGGCAGAUGAGGAGAAAAAGUUACGUCGAUCGCAGCAUGCUCGUAAAGAAACAGAGUUCUUACGCCUUAAGAGGACCAGACUUGGCCUGGAUGACUUUGAGUCUCUGAAGGUUAUAGGAAGAGGAGCUUUCGGAGAGGUGCGGCUGGUCCAGAAGAAAGACACGGGGCACAUCUAUGCCAUGAAGAUCCUGAGGAAAGCCGACAUGCUUGAGAAAGAGCAGGUGGCUCAUAUCCGAGCAGAAAGGGACAUUUUGGUGGAAGCAGAUGGAGCCUGGGUGGUGAAGAUGUUCUACAGUUUUCAAGACAAACGGAAUCUCUAUCUCAUCAUGGAAUUUCUUCCUGGAGGUGACAUGAUGACAUUGCUGAUGAAGAAGGACACCUUAACAGAAGAGGAGACACAGUUCUACAUCUCAGAGACUGUCUUGGCGAUAGAUGCAAUUCACCAGCUGGGCUUCAUCCACCGGGACAUCAAACCAGACAACCUUUUACUGGAUGCCAAGGGACAUGUAAAAUUAUCUGAUUUUGGUUUGUGCACGGGGUUAAAGAAAGCUCACAGGACUGAAUUCUACAGAAACCUCACACAUAACCCGCCAAGCGACUUCUCAUUUCAGAACAUGAAUUCAAAGCGGAAAGCAGAGACAUGGAAGAAGAACAGGAGACAGCUGGCUUACUCCACAGUUGGAACACCAGACUACAUUGCUCCAGAAGUAUUCAUGCAGACUGGCUACAACAAAUUGUGUGACUGGUGGUCCUUGGGAGUGAUUAUGUAUGAGAUGCUAAUAGGCUUUCCACCUUUCUGCUCCGAAACACCACAAGAAACGUACAGAAAAGUUAUGAGCUGGAAGGAGACGCUGGCAUUUCCUCCGGAAGUGCCCGUCUCUGAGAAAGCCAAGGACUUGAUUCUCAGAUUUUGUACUGAUUCUGAAAACAGAAUUGGGAAUGGUGGUGUGGAAGAAAUCAAAGGUCAUCUGUUCUUUGAGGGUGUAGACUGGGGGCACAUAAGGGAAAGACCAGCAGCUAUUCCUAUAGAAAUCCGAAGUAUAGAUGACACCUCAAACUUUGAUGACUUCCCUGAGUCUGAUAUCUUACAGCCAGUGCCGAAUACCACAGAGCCCGACUACAAAUCCAAAGACUGGGUUUUUCUCAAUUACACCUACAAAAGGUUUGAAGGGCUGACCCAGAGAGGCUCCAUUCCUACAUACAUGAAAGCUGGGAAGUUAUGAUGAUCACAGUCGCCCAUAGCCAGGGAACUCAGGUAGCUGCAUCCGCAGGCUGGCUCGGCAUCAGCGCCAGGAGCUCCAGGACGGUGCUGCUCUCCAGCCAGAGGAACGACUCAGCUUGGGAAUCUGAGGCUGCUUUGGCUAUGGGAAUUGCUCAGCUUUUUUUUUUUUUUU